UUGACGUCACAAGCAUUAAACAUGUGCUCAUCAUGUGCUGGUUUGUUAUGAAAAUGUGAUACGAAACUUGAAGAUGAUUUGAACAUUCAGUGAUUAUGAAAUUCUCCUACCGUUUUUCCAAUUUGUUGGGGUCAGUGUACAGAAAGGGUAAUGUUGUGUUCACACCAGAUGGAAAUAGUGUCAUCAGCCCAGUAGGCAACAGGGUCACAGUAUUUGAUCUGAAGAACAAUAGGUCAGAAACAUUGCCAAUAGAAAGUGGAAAGAACAUAACAUGCAUUGCCUUGUCUCCCGAUGGUUACACCAUGAUCCUGGUGAAUGAGGAUGGGGAAGGCUAUCUGUGCAGUUUGAUCAGUAAGACAGUGCUCAGCACUUACCACUUCCACCAGCCAGUGCAUCAAGUCAAGUUCAGUCCUGAUGGCAAAAAAUUUGCAGUGACAAGGAAUAGUGUUAUCCUGGUGUUCCAUGCCCCUGGUAAGAGGAGGGAGUUUAACCCAUUCCAGCUGUUCCGCACAUAUCAGGGAGCCUAUGAUGAAACAGUCUGCAUUGAUUGGACCUUAGACUCAAAAGUCCUGUGUGCCGGGUCUAAGGACAUGAACACCAGGGUCCAUGCUGUAGAGCGCCUAGCCAACCUCACCAUCAACUCCCUAGGGGGACACAAUGAUGCCAUUGUGGCUGCAUACUUCGCCUACAACUCCCUGGACGUGUUUACGAUCAGUCAGAAUGGCCAUCUCUGUGUGUGGGAGUGUGACACAAAGCUUGAGGAUUUACGACCAUACAUCCCCAAAGUUCACAGAGGUCAAGGUCAAGAUGAUGACCUGGAUGACCAAGAAAACCCAGAUUCAAAAGAAACUGAGAUGGACACCGCAGAACCAGAAGACAGAGCUAUGUACCAGCGAGUACAAAAAUUCUCGUACAAGGAAGCUCGGGGCGCCAAAGCCAAAUUUGCCUUCCUCACAAGUGCUGCCUUUCAUAAAACCAGUGCCAUCUUGGUAUCAGGCUUUCAAGAUGGUUCCUUCUUCCUCCACGAGAUGCCGGACUUCAAUCUUAUUCACUCCCUCAAUGUUUCGGACCAGAGCAUUGCCUCCAUGGCAUUCAACAACACGGGGGACUGGCUGGCUCUGGGGUGUGGGGGUAUGGGCCAGCUGCUGGUGUGGGAGUGGCAGAGUGAAACCUACGUCCUCAAACAACAGGGACACUUCAACAACAUGGGCUGUCUGGCUUACUCCCCUGAUGGCCAGAACAUUGCAACCGGUGGGGACGAUGGCAAGGUAAAAGUUUGGAACACCAGUAGUGGCUUUUGUUUCGUAACAUUUACUGAGCAUUUGGGAGGAAUCACUGGUGUGACCUUUAACCAGAACGGACAGGUGGUUUUGUCGGCGUCCCUCGAUGGCUCUGUACGAGCUUUUGAUCUCAACAGAUAUCGCAACUUCCGCACCUUUACAUCUCCGCGCCCGUGUCAGUUUUCCUGCCUGGCUGUGGACCACAGUGGUGACAUUGUUUGUGCGGGAGGACUAGACACAUUUGAGGUGUUUGUUUGGUCUAUGCAGACAGGACGCUUACUUGAGGUGCUAACAGGACAUGUGGGACCAAUCAGCACGCUUAGUUUCAGUUCUAACCAAUCGUUUCUGGCCACUGGCUCCUGGGACAAAUCAGUUAAAUUAUGGGAUGUAUUUGAAAACAAAGGAGUGAAGGAAACACUGCAAUUUAACUCCGAUGUACUGGCUGUGGCCUUUCGUCCUGAUGGAGGAGAGGUAGCUGUAGCCAAUCUUAAUGCCCAGAUUACUUUCUGGAACCCUAACACAGCUACUCAGACAGGCUCAAUAGAGGGCAGGCACGAUCUUGGAUACUUCCGCAGCGAGAAUGAUAAAAUCACUGCCAGAAAAGCUGCAGAAGGAAAGGCCUUCACUACGAUAUGUUACUCGGCUGAUGGGCAAUGUCUACUGGCCGCAGGACAGUCAAAGAAUGUGUGUAUCUACUCUGUGCCUGACCAAAUGCUCAUCAAGAAAUUUGAAAUCUCACGAAACUACUCCUUUGAUGGGAUGGAGGAGUUCCUGGACCGACGUAAGAUGACACAGUGGGGAAGUUUGUCCCUUGUGGACGAUGGAAAGGGGGACCAAGAUGGAACUGCCAUCAGUCUCCCAGGGGUGAAGAAGGGAGACAUGAGCUCACGACACUGGAAACCAGAGGUCAGGGUAGCAGCAGUACAGUUCUCUCCCACAGGACGUGCCUGGGCCUCGGCAACAACAGAGGGGCUAUUGGUAUAUUCACUAGACCAUAACCUUGUGUUUGACCCCUUUGACCUGGAGAUGGACAUCACCCCUGAAAAUGUGAGAAAAACUCUCCAAGACGGGGAUUACUCUAUCUCUUUGAUGCUGAGCUUCAGACUGAACGAAGUGAAGUUGAUACAGGAGGUGCUGGAAUCCAUACCUGUCUCUAAUGUGCCUGUUAUUUGUGAGAAUCUCCCAAACGCAUACAUAGACAAACUGCUGGCAUUUUUGGCCAAUCAGAUGGAGGCAACAACACAUUUGCAGUUCUACAUGAUCUGGAUCAACAAAAUUCUUAUGUUCCAUGGCCCCCAGUUAAAACAGCGUUCUCAGAGCAUUAUGGCAACACUCAGAAUGCUCCAAAAGGGCAUCACCCGCAAACACGAGGAUCUGGGCAAAAUUUGUGACCAUAACAAGUACAGUAUCGGCUACAUCAAAGCCCUAUCACAGGCCAAGCGUAAGCGGGUUACGGAGUUGGGAUCUGAGGAUGAGAGUGACGAGGUUGAAGAGGAGAAGGAGGAUGAUUCUGAAGAUGAAAAUUUUAUGAGCAAUCUCAUGAAUAGCGUUACUUAGCAUUUAAUAAAUUUGUGA